CCUUAGGUGAUUAAAUAAGCCAGCGCUGGUUAUAGGAUGGACGAUGUCAGACUAAAGGCAUCCAAGAAGAAAUCCUUAGAGUAUCAUGAGGUCUAUUCAGAAAUUGCUACCGUUACAUCAACAGCGGAUAUUGACAGUUCAUAUAAAACAUUCCCAGAUGUUUCCAGCGCAGAGGCCAAUGGAUUAUUGUCAACAAGCAGACACAUGCCACCCCAUUACCCAACUCCUACCCGAAGGCGACACCGCACCACAUUCAGUCAAGAGCAACUGGAGCAUUUAGAGACGGCCUUUAGCAAGAACCAUUACCCAGAUAUCUACUGUCGGGAGGAGCUGGCCAAGAUCACUAAGCUAAAUGAGGCCAGAAUACAGGUGUGGUUUCAAAACCGUAGAGCAAAGCACCGCAAACACGAGAGAACAACGCAGAAAUCCACAGUGCCAAGCAGCAUGUUGACCUGCGGAAGCCUCAUGUCUGGCAUGUGUUCCAUGUCGCCCCCUUCUCGCCAGUACCAAUAUCCCCAUGCCCUCAACCACAUUCCACGCUUUUCCUCCAUGUCCUCUGCAGGUUAUCACCCCCCAUCGGCCGUCAGUCAGUUCACUUGCCCUAGCAAUCACCCACACUUGCAACCUGCGGGCCCUCCAUCUCGCCAACACGACGACUGGUACAAUUCGCUUCGGUCUAUCAGUUCCCCCGGCGCUGGGCUGUCUUCCUCUAUGAUCACUUUAACUCCUGUGACUGCACUGGACCCAUCCACCCACUGGAACUAACUUUUCUGUUUUACCAAAUGAUCUUCCUUAAAAGACCAUGGACAGUGGUCCUGUAAAAUGCUGUAAAAUAAUGGGUUGUAGAAAUAAAGUACAGAUUAUUAACUGCA